UCACCGGAGCGCGCCGCCCACUGGCCCGGAAAGCGCGACGCCGGCAGCUGCGGGGUUACCAUGGGAACCGAACCGCCACCCGGGUCGCGGGCCCUCGGAGACCCUGCGUGUGGGGCGGUUGGGGCUCCCUCCCUGGAGCGCUGAGCCUCCGGGGGACUGUGGGUGUCUCAGGGCCGUUCCCCGCUGGGCCAAGGCCCGGGACGAGUGCGGGGGAGGAGGAGCGGAGCAGGAGAAGACAUUCUUGGGCAGUAUUGCAUAAGGGAAGACUUUGGGACUGGGUUGAGGUAGAUUCUCUGGUCCUGCCCUUUCUUUGGUUGAUACUCUGGGAAGGUGUUCACCUCUGGCCUGAAAUGGGCUCACAUCUCAACCUCAGCAUCAUCAGGAUGUUAAGCUACCUCUUUCUUCUGAAGGCACUUCUAGCUUUUGGGUUCCUGGCAUCCUGGGUAACAGCAGAAGAGCAUGUGAAAGAGGGAGAGUGCCCUCCUGAUAAGAACCCGUGUAAAGAGCUGUGCCAGGAUGAUGAGUCAUGUCCUCCUGGGCAGAAGUGCUGCAGCACGGGCUGUGGUCAGGUCUGCCGAGAAUACAUCCCUAUAGGGAUGAAAAGAAUCUGUCCCAGGAUUGUUCGGAAACGAUCCUGUUUUAAAAGUUGCACCACCGAUGACACAUGUCCAGGUGUAAAGAAGUGCUGUACGUUUGGCUGCAGCACAGCCUGUGUGGCCCCAGUCUCUCAUUUCAAGCUGGGUAAGACAUCCCACCCCCGCACCCUGAGGUCUGAUUGACCCGCUGGUUUCUCUCUCAAAAUGCACACACCCUCUGGCACUCCUACCUCACUUUGAGAAACAAUAAUUAAGUGCCUAUUAUAUUAUGAGAACUUUAAGAAAAAGAUAUGCAAAUGGUACUGAAGCCAUGAUGAUUGGUAGGAUGUGGCCCAGCUAGGUGAGGAAGGUGCCAGAAGGUUGAUGGGGGCCUAUUAUUUGUAGGCAGGUUUGAAAGCCAUUGGGUAAUUUCCAAUUCCCAGUUGCAAUAUUCUCUAUUAAAACCUUAGCUCAAGAAUAUGUAAAGAGAUAGUAAAAUAGAAUCCGGGUGCUUAUUUGGAAGACUCCGAUCAUUUGCUUCUGAGACUCUACCCCUUCUGUGCACUCACAGGAGAUGGCCAUCUCCCGUUGAAAAUGGAUUCUUGUAUAUUCUGGUUCUCGUGGAGAGAUAUUUGAAAGAAAAAUUUCCCUCUUACAGGGUUCUAUUUCUCCACUUACGCAUUCAUUCCUUCAACAAAUUUUAUUAAAUGCUUUCUGUUUAUCAGAUCCAGUGAUGGGUUCUGGGUAUAUGAUAAUGAACAAAGUAGUUCUGUCCAUGCAUUUAUGGGGUUUAUCACCUAGUAGGGGAGAAAGAGAGAUUAUUAACAAACAAGCAUGUAAGUAAAUACAUAAGGUCAAACUGUGAUAAGGCUCUGAGAGAAAGAAUAAUGGGGGGACUGGCUUCAGAGGAGGAGUCGAGGAAGGUGUGUCUGAGGUAGGGACUGUUUUUGUUUGUUUGCUUUUUUGAUACUGGGAAUCGAAUCCAGGAACUACAUUCCCAGCCCUAUUUAUUUAUUUAUUUUAAAAUU